AUGGAGUUUACACCAGUUCAUUCUGUUUCACAUAUAUUAUGUUGUCUUUGUGGUGUUGUGAUUCCUUCGAAUCCAUCGAAUAUGUGUGUAAACUGUAUUCGUAGUCAAGUAGAUAUUACAGAGGGUAUUCCAAAACAGUUGAUUAUUCAAUGGUGUCGUGGAUGCAAUCGUUAUUUACAGCCACCCAAUCAUUGGGCGAUGUGCGAGUUGGAGUCACGUGAGUUACUCACUCUCUGUAUCAAGCGUAUCAAGGGUCUGAAUCAGGUGAAACUCGUCGAUGCCGGUUGGGUCUGGACGGAGCCGCAUUCGCGUCGUCUCAAGGUGAAGCUCACCAUCCAGAAGGAGGUGUUCUCCAGUGCCAUCUUGCAGCAGGUGUUCAUCGUCGAGUUUGUCGUACAGGGUCAGCAGUGUAACAAGUGUCAGAAGUUCGAGGCCAAAGACACCUGGAACUCGGUGGUACAGCUGCGUCAGAAGGUCGAUCACAAGCGUACCUUCCUCUUCUUGGAACAGAUCAUCUUGAAACACAACGCUCACUCACAGACACUCAAUAUUCGUGAGCGUACCGACGGUCUCGACUUUUACUUCUCCAACAAGAAUCAAGGUUUGAAAUUCGUAGAGUUCAUCUCAUCGUUCGUACCGCUAAAGUCGAAGCGUUCCGAACAACUCAUCUCCACAGACGAACAAAACAACAACGCCAACUAUAAACACUCUUUCUCCGUGGAAAUCGUUCCACUCUCAAAAGAUGAUCUCGUUUGUCUCUCUCCAAAAGUUAUGCAUGCAUUAGGUGGAAUGGGUCCAGUUGUUUUGAUUUAUAAAGUAUCAAAUUUAAUUCAUGUUAUAGAUCCAAAUACUUUGCAAAUGGGAGAAAUCAGUCCACUGCUAUUUUGGAAUCAUCCAUUCAGAGCGUUGGCAACACAUAAACAAUUGGUUGAAUUGGUAGUUUUAGAUGUUACUUUGACUGGUGAAAGAAGAGGAAAGUUUGCUUUGGCAGAUAUUCAAGUUGCAAGAUCAUCAGAUUUCGGUAGAAACGAUACAACCUUCUUUAUUAGAACACAUUUGGGACAUUUGUUUAAUGCAGGUGAUUUGGCGUUGGGAUUCGAUGUAUCGACAGCCAACAUGAAUGACAAUGAAUUUGCCAAUAUCAAGAGCAAACAAACCGUUCCAGAAAUCAUUUUAGUAAAGAAGACCUAUCUCAAUUUGCAACGUCACUGGCACACCAAGCGUAUCGACAUGGAGAAGGGUGAACCACAAAAGAAGAACGAUAUCGAAGCUGCCGAGCGUGACCAAGAGAUGUUCUACCAGGAAAUCGAAAACGAUCCAGAGAUGCGUUCCAAGAUCAAUCUCUACAAGAAAGAGGGUGCCGCCGAAAUCUAUGCCGCCCGUAAGAAACAGAGAGAGGAACUCGGUGAGUCCGACGAUGAGAACGAAGUCGAUUUGGAGGAUCUUUUGGAUGAGAUGACACUCAACGAUCAAGACAACGAGGAGUUUGACGACGAAGGUGAAGAUUGGGAUGAUGAAGACGAUGACGAAGAAGAUGAAGAUAUGGAUAUGGAAGAUUAG